AUGAAAAAGCUCAAGAUUUAUAUUGUAAUUUUACUCUUUGUGGCGCUUUACUUAUGGUACUUGAACAAACAGAAGCUCGAAGAUACCUCGACUACUGAAACUUCUACAAAACGACUGCCUCAAGCCCUAAUUAUUGGUGCUCGAAAAGGUGGUACUCGUGCUCUAAUCAACUCCUUAGCUCUACAUUCUAAAAUUAAGGUAGCCAAAAGAGAAGUGCACUAUUUUGAUGAUGAAAACCUGUACCAAAAUGGACUGGAAUGGUACCGAAAUCAAAUGCCAAAAAGUGCUAUUGAUCAGGUAUGCUCUUAGAGGUUUUUUUAAGACAAUUUGUUGUAUUAUAUUAUAGAUCACGAUAGAAAAGACCCCUGCCUACUUUCCUUCGCCAAAAGUGCCAAAACGGGUAUUCGAGGUGGACCCUAACAUCAAAAUAAUACUGAUCAUCAGGAAUCCCGUUGACAGAACUAUCAGCGACUUUUCUCAGGUAAAAUACAAUUCCAUGUUUAUCAAGAUAAGAUCAAAAACAUACCAAAGUUAAACCUUUUUUAAUAUCAGAGUCAUAUAAAUAUAAGUUGAGACUCAAAAUGUUCUAAUAAUAUAAAAAAUAUCACAUUUAGGUGCAAGCUACGCGUACUUCUAAAAAUCUACCUUUACUCGACUUCAAAAGCUCAGUAUUUUUACCAAACUCAACUGAUCUUAACUUAAAAUUUAAACCGGUAUUCAACUCUCUUUACGAUCUUCAUCUACAAAACUGGUUAGAAUACUUUGGACUAGACCAAAUACUUAUUGUUGAUGGCGACAAGUUCAAACAAGACCCUUUAAGUGAAGUAAGUUGAGUUUAAUUGUAAUAUCAGGCCGUAGGGCAUAAAAAGACAAUAUUAAACACGCCGUAUUACGAAUCUACUAAAUACCAUUUGAGAGUAAUAUGUUAAGCUUAACAACUAGAGCUAGAUUAAUAUAACAUUCAUAAAUAAUACUAUGGUAAAAUACUUUCAUAUUCAUAAUAAAAAUCAAUAUAACAUCGCUUAUAUUCAUGAUAAAAAAAAUAUAACGUCACCCUCACUUCAGAUUCGAAACGUGGAACGGUUUCUGAAACUAGAACCUGAAAUCACUUCUGCCAACAUCAGAUUCAACGAGAAGAAGGGUUUCUACUGUUUCGUGGAUAAUAAACAACAUGAAAAAUGUUUGGGUGAAAACAAAGGACGACCUCAGGUGUUCGUAUCUCAACGGGUUAGACGAUUACUUUCAAACAACUUUAAUCAGUACAACGAAAAGUUCUUUCAACUUAUUAAUCAGAGAUUUUAUUGGAAAAAGUGA